UGGCGGAUUUUGCAGCUCCCAGGCUGGUCAGUCCGUCAGUGAGGCGCCAACACAGCUCUCAGUUGUUGACAAGUUAUUCAAAGGAGUAUAUGUUUGUUCGUGGAAGGAGACUCAUUAACGUCACAUCUUUUUGCUUCACAUUUUAUUUGACUUGAAGUGGUAACUUUCCCUGAAAAGACACGUUUCUCGUUGUGUCAAAUAUUUACCAUGGCUACACCACCCAAGAGAAUGUGCUCCAGUCCAGUUUUUAACAACAGUUUCGAGAAAAGAAACAAAAAAAUAUCGAUCGAAGGAAACAUCGCGGCUGGUAAGUCCACUUUUGUGCGUAUGCUGGAGAGGGCUUCAGAUGAAUGGGAGGUCAUUCCAGAGCCCAUUGCUAAAUGGUGCAAUGUGCAGACAACGGAUAACGAGUACGAGGAGCUCAGCACUUCACAGAAAAGUGGUGGCAAUUUGCUGCAGAUGCUCUAUGACAAACCCAGUCGUUGGUCGUACACCUUCCAGACCUACGCUUGUCUCAGCCGAGUGCGCUCCCAGCUCCAGCCCCCAUCAGCCAAGCUGCGGCAAGCUGACCAUCCUGUCCAGUUCUACGAGCGCUCUGUCUACAGUGAUCGGUAUGUGUUUGCUUCCAAUCUAUUUGAGUCUGGGGACUUAAACGAGACCGAAUAUGCCAUCUAUCAAGACUGGCACAGUUGGCUGCUUUCGCAGUUUGAGGCUGAAAUUGAGUUGAAUGCCAUGAUUUACCUGCGGGCAGAUCCAGAGAAAUGUAUGCAGCGGUUACACACACGAGGACGUGAAGAGGAACAGGGAAUUCCGCUCGAAUAUUUGGAGAAACUUCAUUACAAACACGAAUGCUGGCUCCAGCACCGAACCACACAAAUGGAUUUUGAAUACCUCAAGGACAUCCCAAUUUUGGUGCUGGAUGUAAAUGAAGACUUCAAAAAUGACAGAAUCAAACAGGAGGCAGUUAUAGAUAAGGUCAAGGACUUUUUGAGAACGGUGUGAAAAUUUCUCCAAAACAUCUCCAGAUACAUAAUCCUGAACCGACUGCUAUUUGGAUGCUGCCAGCUGUACAUAUCUGCACCACCACAAAUGCUGUUUACAACAAAUAUGAAAAUGGCAGUUAACAUUAUGUCCUCUCCAAAUAAUUACAGAGUGAACCUUGUCAUAUGGGAAAGGGAAAGACUUAAGAUUUUAAAAUAUUUUUAUAGUAGGAUUACUAAUCAAUAGAAAUACAUUUCCAAUACAUUUUUAACUUGUUGCUUUUUAUAUUGCAAUGGACAAAUAUAUGGAAAUAGGUCCACAGGAGUUGUGUGAUUCUGCCUCCAAGUUUUGUAUAGUUUUAUUUAUUUAAACAUUGUUGAAUGUUUCAAGUCUUUGAACUCUGAGAGGCAGUACAUUUUUCUGAGCGGCAUCAAGUGUCCAUAAUUGUGUGAAACUGCUUUACCACUGGGGGGCAGUAUACUGCAUUUCUGGCAUUAUGUGAUUGGGCCUCUGAUUCUGCUUACUCAACCUCCAGAUGUACAACUAGUGGGGUCACUUGCUGACUUAUCUUUUUAUGUUCAGGAAUAUGAACUGCUACAUAUAGAUUCCAGCACAUCCAGUUCAGUGGAUCAUUUAGAAUCUAAUUUAAUUUCUUAGUUUCCACUGAAGUGUGAAGCUGAGUACUGUGGGUGUGCAUGCUAUUGAGAUUUUGACAUUGAUCUGUGUGUAAAUAUUUUUGUCAGUUCAAUAAAAUACGAGUGUGACUGUA